AUGGCAAUGUACUUUAGCUCGAUAUCCGAGGCGGAAGAGAGACUCAAAUUCAAAUUGGUGGAGUGUGAUGUUGAUCCCGCUGUGGAAGUCUACAACAAGCCCCGGGUAAGGAUCUCCGUUGAGGGAUACGACACGUCGCUUCCUGAGGAUGACAUCAACAAGGCGUUGGUUAAACUCUUCGAGAAGGCGUUGCAGCUUGAGGGAAGUGACGUGGGAGGAUGGAAUGUCGCUGUGAAGGUUACACCGGAGGAAGACGAGGAGACUGAUCGUUAUCGACAUGCUCUGUUGGAGCAAGUGAGGUAUGACGAGAAAUAUAAGUUUGGCGUUGCCGUUUAUGGAUAUGACACGUCACUUCCUGACGAUGAUGUCAAGAGCGCUUUGGUGAAAGGUUUUUCUUCUUGCGGAGAUAUCACGUGUGUGCUUCUCGGUAGAGAGGACAAUAAAGCCUUGGUUUAUUUUACACAAGAAGACGCAGAAGGUAAGGCGCUGAAACUAAAUGGAAGUGAAGUGGGAGGACGGAAAGUAAGUGUUUUCCUCGCAGCGACAGUGAGAAGUUGUCGUUCCAGCUCCACCACUGCCUCCGGCUCCGGUCGUAUGUUUAACUAUUGUGUUCCAGCUCAUUGUAUCAUGUUGGCCAAAGAGAACAAUAAGAAGAUCAUGGCUUUUAAGAAGGAGAGGGGGAUGGUGUAG